AUGCCCGAAUCGACCCGGAUUUUACCCGACAAAGUGCUAAAUAAUAAUAAUAUCGAUGCCACAAAUGUGGCGCAACACUACAACACUCCCACCACUGUAUACCGCAGCCACCAGCCAGUCUCCCCCCUACUCAGCGUCAACGGUUAUACCACCAUGCACACAUUCAAUUUGAACACACACACCAGCGCCUUUAUUGCCGUGAGCAUCACUUACCUGYUGUUCGCGCUGCACACCUUAGCCUACCACGUAGACACAUUGACGCCCGCCACAGGCAAAAUCCCGACAACACAUACAACCGUUAGCACACGCAAGCUGAAUCACACCUCUUUGCUGGAUAUGUCGAUCGACAUUGCGGUCGAUCCGCAUGCGAAUGCAUCUGUGGUGGCGUCGACGRUGGCAACGUCGACAUUGGCAGCGUUGGCGUUGAAUUCCAGUGGAAUUGUCACUUUUGGCCCUGACAGCGGAUAUGUGUACGAAGACCGGCAAGGUCAUGUUGUGAAGCGCGAGAACAUCGAGUACGAUUUGACCGGCUUGCGCGUGUACAAUGUGGGCGUGUUGAUGGCAUCGCAUCUGGGUAGUUACCCUUCCUGUUCCGGUGCCAAGGCGCCUGGUUUAGCUGCUGACAUGCAUUUUAAAGACGACGUCAUAGCUUUUAUUGGACCUGCAUGUGCAUUUGCUUUGGAGCCGGUGGCACGUCUAGCUGCCUAUUGGAAUUCUCCGAUCAUUACCGGUAUGGGUGAUCAGCCACCUUCUGAUGACGAAUUAACGGUAACAUCUGGCAUAUUAGGAAAAAUUCAUAAAUGGAAAAAUGAGAGCACGGGCAUGUUUAAAGACAAGAGCAAAUACCCCACACUUACGCGCAUGUCUUAUUGCCAGUGCCGUCUUAAAUUGGUGUUUGCCAGUAUUUUUCGGCAAUUUAAGUGGAAACAUGUGGCAUUGAUCAUCGACCGCUCGGACCUUUUCUCCCUAACUGUAGGCAAGAAUUUGGAGUAUGGACUACGGCAAGAGGGUCUACUUAGUUUUGUACGUGAGUUGAAUGGCAAUGAACAAGAACCGUAUGAGAAUUACUUGAAGGAUGCAAGCAUGUACGCAAGAGUGGUCAUUUUAUCGUUGCGUGGCAUGUUAGUUCGUAAAUUUAUGCUCGCCGCCUAUACACUGGGUAUGACGAAUGGCGAUUGGGUCUUUCUUGAUGUCGAAAUAUUUCAGAGUUCCUAUUGGGGUGAUCACGAYUGGGAAAUGGGCGAUACGUUGGAUAGUCAUGCACGAAAAGCCUACGAAGCGUUGUUGCGUGUUUCACUGCUGCAACCUACCAAUCCGGAGUAUCAAGGCUUCGCYGAUAAAGUGCGUGUUAUGGCCAAAGCUUACAACUAUUCCUUUAGCGAUGGCGAAGAGGUGAACUUUUUCAUYGGCGCAUUUUACGAUGGAGUUUACCUACUCGGCAUGGCCUUUAAUGAAACGCUGAGUGAGGGCGGCGAUAUACGCGAUGGCAUGGCCAUAACACGACGCAUGUGGAAUCGUAAUUUCCAUGGCAUAACUGGUCAUGUACGCAUAGAYGAUAACGGUGAUCGUGAUGCUGAUUACUCCAUAUCCGAUUUAGAUCCGAUAAAUGGCAAAUUUGAGGUGGUGGCACAUUAUUAUGGACUUCAUCGCGAAUAUUCAGCCGUGGCAGGAAAGAAAAUACACUGGCCUGGUGGACGYGAAGGUCCACCACCGGAUGUGCCACGCUGUGGCUUUUUGGGCAACGCGCCGGAAUGUCAUGGCAAUGAGUUAAUCAUCAUGUAUGGAACAUUUGCAUUCGCCAUUUUUUUCGGCUUUUCCUUUCUGGUCGUUUACCUGAUGUGCAAGCAAAUGAAACUGAAUAAUGAACUCAAUAACAUGUCUUGGCGCGUGCGUCCGGAUGAGGUACUACUUGAGGUGGGRAGACUUCAUGGCAGCAAAGUUGGUCUGCAGAAGCUCAAUGUGGAGAACUUCUCACUGCAACAAUAUGACAUACAUUCCGGUCGCGCCUCCAUCGCCAGUUGCACCUCYCUACCACUGACGCAAGUUUUCACCACGAUUGGUAUCUUUAAAGGUGAACGUGUUGCUAUCAAGAAGAUACACCGCAAAAAGGUCGACAUCACACCAACGCUCUURUGGGAGAUCAAACAGGCGCGCGAUGUUAGUCACGAGAAUACCGUACGCUUUGUGGGCUCUUGCAUCGAUUUGCCACGCCCCACCGUGCUCAUACUAACCGAAUACUGUCCAAAAGGUAGCUUGAAGGAUGUGCUCGAAAACGAGGCAAUACAAUUGGAUUGGAACUUUCGCAUGUCACUCAUACAUGACAUCGUUAAGGGUAUGGCUUACUUACAUAACAGUGAUGUGCAAGUGCAUGGCAAAUUGCGCUCGUGUAAUUGUCUCAUUGACGGACGCUUCGUGUUGAAAAUAUCAGAUUUCGGCUUGCGUUCGUUGACCACGCCGUCAGAGUUCGUGAAGGAUCAGAAUUAUUUUAACAAGUUCCUCUGGAUUGCGCCAGAAUUGCUACCGCUAACCGUGCUACCUGGUAAUCCGGCCACACAGAAGGGCGAUGUCUACUCAUUUGCUAUAAUAUUGGAAGAAAUUGUCGUCCGUGGUGGACCCUAUGAAAUGAUACGUCAAUUUAUGGAUGUGCAAAAUAUAUUGAAUCGCGUUGAGGCACAUGAAUCACCACCGUUUCGCCCCUUUGUCGGUCAACUCGAUUGUCCACCCGAUGUGCUUGAUCUGAUGGAAAAGUGUUGGGCUGAUAAUCCAGAAGACAGACCGGCAUUCGCGACAAUUCGAUCAACUGUGCGGCUAAUAAUGAAAGGCUUUUGUGAGAACCUAAUGGAUGACUUGUUGCGUCGUAUGGAACAAUAUGCCAAUAACUUGGAAAGUUUGGUGGAAGAGAAGACGGAGCAGCUGAGCAUGGAAAAACGCCGCACCGAAGAGUURCUGUACCAAGUACUACCGMGACCGGUGGCUACACAGUUGCUCGCUGGCGAAAUGGUACAACCCGAACAAUUCGAAUGUGUGACCAUUUACUUCAGUGACAUCGUUGGUUUUACGGCACUUUGCGCCGAAAGCGGUCCCAUGGAGGUGGUUGCCUUCCUCAACGAUCUCUACAGUACAUUUGAUCGCAUUAUCGGUUUCUAUGAUGUUUAUAAGGUCGAAACAAUUGGCGAUGCUUAUAUGGUGGUUUCCGGUCUACCUGAACGUAAUGAUGAUCAUGCACGUGAAAUUGGGUUGAUGUCACUCGCCAUCUUGGAUGCUGUCAAAUCGUUUACCAUACGUCACAAACCGGAUUAUCAGCUAAAAAUUAGAAUCGGCAUACAUGCUGGUCCAGUUUGCGCUGGUGUUGUGGGUCAAAAGAUGCCACAUUAUUGUCUUUUCGGCGAUACUGUGAAUACGGCGUCGCGCAUGGAGUCAGCAGGGUUACCACUGAAAAUACAUGUCUCCGCAGCGGCUAAAAUAAUUUUCGACAAAUUUGGCACCUUCCAAAUGGAAUUACGCGGUGAUGUGGAACUAAAAGGUAAGGGCACAGUGACAACUUAUUGGCUAUUGGGUUGCACCGAACCGGAUCCUCGACCACCAACACCACAAAAGAACAAUAAYGGCGAGGUACCAUUCCCGAUACUCUUUCCAGCGAUUGGGAAAUAGCUCUCAGCUGCCGAAGAGCAUGAAUGUGCGACCUCCGAAUUUUGAA